CUUUUCAUCAACAGACUGUCCUCCGGUGGAUUUAGUUGACGGGUUGAGAACAGAGCUACUAUUCACGGAGACAGUCCCGUUAAAUACAACUAAAGAUAUCCUCAUCCAACACCAUUCCAAACCGGGGACCAAGAUUCAACUAAAGUUGAGAACCCGUUUUUUGUUUAAGCAGUUUGGCAAGGUAGAUCACCGGGGCGCAUAAUGGCAGAGAAGAUAACCAUGGAGGAGGGAAAGCCGUCCAACGGCGAGAAGUAUAUGGAGGAGCCCGUGGCCAACGGAAUUGGCGACCACAAGACCCGUUCUCCCGCACCGACGUCGGAGAGAGUAAAGAAAAUAGUUAUGGACAACUUGCUGGUGAUUUUGACCGUCGCCGGGGUCAUCAUCGGCGUGUUCAUUGGGCUCGGCGUGCGUCAGAUGGAACUCAGCCGGACGCAGAUCAUCUACGUUGGGUUCCCUGGUGAGAUUCUCAUCCGUCUGCUGAAGAUGAUCAUCAUCCCCCUGGUUGUGUGCAGCCUCGUCUCCGGGGCGGCCAGCAUCGACCCCAAAGCCCUGGGGAAGCUGGGUGGCUGGGCCAUGCUCUUCUUUCUGGUGACCACCUUGAUCGCCUCAGCUAUUGGGGUGGUGAUGGGUUUCAUCAUUCAGCCCGGGACCAACACCGGCUCCAAGCCCAAAGUAGCCGAACUCGACGAGGGGAUACCGAAUACCAAAGAGGUGGUGGACUCCUUUUUGGACUUAAUCAGGAACAUAUUCCCCUCCAACCUGGUGUCUGCAGCCUUCCAGUCUUAUGCCACAGACUACAAAUUUGUCACCAAGAACAACAGCCUGAUUGUGGAGAAGAUCCCAUUUGGAUACAACCAGGAUGGGAUGAACAUCCUGGGCCUGGUGGUGUUCGCCAUUGUGUUCGGCGUGGCUCUGAGAAAGCUGGGUGAGGAGGGGGAGAUCCUCAUCAAGUUCUUCAACUCCUUCAACGAAGCCACCAUGGUGUUGGUGUCCUGGAUCAUGUGGUAUGCCCCCCUGGGUAUCAUGUUCCUGGUUGCAGGGAAGAUUGUGGAGAUGGAGGAUGUUGGCACGCUGUUCGCCAGCCUGGGCAAGUACAUCGCCGCCUGCAUGAUCGGCCACGCCAUCCAUGGCCUUCUGGUUCUCCCAGCGAUCUACUUCAUCAUCACACGCAAGAACCCCUACACCUUCCUUUGGGGGAUAUUCACCGCUCUGGCAACCGCCUUUGGAACCAGCUCCAGCUCGGCCACCCUGCCCCUGAUGAUGAAGUGCGUGGAGGAGAAGAACGGCGUCUCCAAGCACAUCAGUCGCUUCAUCCUGCCCAUCGGCGCCACGGUCAACAUGGAUGGUGCUGCCCUCUUCCAGUGCGUGGCCGCUGUCUUCAUCGCCCAGCUCAACGACAUCUCCCUCAACUUCAUCCAGGUCUUCACCAUCCUAGUGACAGCCACGGCGUCCAGUGUGGGGGCCGCAGGGAUCCCUGCGGGGGGCGUGCUCACUCUCGCUAUCAUCCUGGAGGCCAUUGGACUGCCCACAAAUGACAUCUCCCUCAUCCUGGCUGUGGAUUGGCUCGUAGACCGUACCUGCACCGUGCUCAACGUGGAAGGUGACGCCUUCGGGGCGGGGCUUCUACAGUACUUCGUGGACCGCAACCCCACAGCAGAGGACGCAAGGGCGACGCUUAGCGAGGUGAGGGUGGAGGAGGAUGCGGGGGCCGAGCCCGAACAUUCGCCGCUCAUCCAAAAGCAAGGGCUGGAGGGGGGAGAUGCGCCGCGCUCCUGCGAGAAGGAGUCCGUCAUGUAGAGCGAGAGAACUCAACGCUGUCAAACCAGUCUUUAAUAAACAAGCCAACAAAUGACCCCUCCUGGAUACCCUUGAGCCCCCACCCCACUCCCACCUUCUUAGCUUCUCUUGACCUUUGACCCCUGGCCAGAUCCAACUAGAAACCAGGGGGUUGGUCAAUGAGAAGAUAUCUCUACUUGUAUCAUCCCUUCUGGAGAACGGAGGGAGAGGAUGGAGUGGUGGAAGUGAAGCAGGGGGGAAGAAGAGGAGUGAAAGAGUACCAGCCUGGUUUUUAAGUGACUUUUUUAUUAAUCCAUUUUUGCCUCCUUGUAGUACAUUUCAUUUGUUUUACAUCAGAUAAGCUUGUCCUUUGCUUGCUGAUUUUCUGGAGAGAGAGCCCUUUUAGACUAUUACUAUAUGAUGUCUGCUAACUCCCCCCAUGUGGGCUGGCCCGUGACUUUGCUAACUCCCCCUGUGUAUGCUGCCCCCUCUGGAAGUCCUUAGUCUGCCUGUGGCAGUAGGACAGCAGGAAAACACCAGGUCAUGUGUCUCAGUACAGUUCUCUUAACCAAAUGGAGUUCAAUCCUAAAAUAAGUGAUGUUGCCCAGAUGGACAAGAGACCCAACUCCCUAUAAGGACAAUCAGAGACACACACACACACACACACACAUACCUCUCUGCCCUUUACAGCUUGACCUCAGCAUGGUUAUCUUUAACAGCUGCUGUAGCAUUUUGAGGACUCUGGUACCCAGCAUGCCACUGAAACCAAAGGGGCGCAAUGCCAACCAGAAACCAGGAAUCAGAGGACUCCGCCCAUGUCACUAUGGAGAAAGAAGAAUGUUGCUCAGGGCAACCAUGUUUAUCCAUUAUAACUGUAAGAGUGUAAGAGUCUGUCUUCUGAGUGACAAGCCAGUCAUUUUCUGAAUGUUUUUUAAAAUUCUGUCAAGCACAAAAGCUGUUCUUGAAGCACAGUCAAUCACGUUCCAACACUUUAUAUUUUCUUAUCUGAGUUCAAGUAUUCCAUCAGUGAGCUGCCAGUGCACAGGUGUGUGUGUCUUUCACCAGUGUGGAGCUGCCAGGGACAUCUGGGAUCUAAUGAUGUUUCAUGGUGUGUGUGUGCGCACGCGUGUGUGUGAGAUCCCAGAGGCCUAUGGCAGAUGUUGAGUGUAAGUGUUGAAGAGAGAGAAAUUAUUUGAAAGGAAACAUUGUGGACUGAAUUAUGUCAAAAUCAAAAGGCUUUUUUGGGCUGACAAGCCUUUUUAGAAGUUAUGGUUAUUUCCUGACUUUUCUUGAAAUUGAAAUGUACCUUUUUACUACGUUCUAUUUAUUUCUGUGAUCUUUUCAAACAAUCCAAAGCAGUUUAGUUGAACCCAGACCCUGCCUAUGUUGCUGUAUCUUAUCACACCAUCACUUUUUAUUUUUUAUCAAACUUUUAGCAUCUCUAAAUCUGUUUAACUCAAAGCCCUGUCUGUCGUAGGAAAUCACUAACAUUAAUUUAAUUUCUGGAUUGUCUGAUGUUUCAGAUAUAACAUAUUAUUAGUUAUAAAUUUAAUGGAUGAUGUUGUGUAUUUUUCUAGAAAUGUCAUCUUAAAUCCGUUGUUGGUCAUGGCUUUUGAUACUUUAACUGAGAUUCUGUUUGAUCACGUGUGUGUGUGUGUUACAUGUUGGUGUCAGCUACUUCCCCGAACUCAUCCCAGUCAAAUUGUUUAAAACGUGGCCAACACAACUAGGCGUUACUUGUAUUUUUAUUUAACUUACGACCUAUUUGGAGAAUCCAGUUUCCUGUUACAUAUUGGCCCUGUUCUAAGUUGUCACAAACACUGUCCAACCUUGCAUUGUUGGAGCGUACUACAAAAGUAUAAAGUAUGCAUGGUCCCAGAACAGACUGAGUGUCUGCAGCCUUCAAGGUGGUGGUGGUUGCAGUGCUCUGUUACCCUAUACCAGGGGGCGUGUAGGUUUACACUUGAAUUCCAAUCUGAAGAACCCGUCUUAUAACAAGGUUGUUCAUAACCUUGAGGGGGGGGGGGGGGGUAGCUCUCUGUGACCUGGAUGUGUUACUUUGUGUCUGUAAAAAAAAAAAAAUAUAGAAGGAAAUUCGUCAUUCCAGAAGGGUGUCAGUUAUGUCACCGUGUGUGUGUCCUGUAGGUGUUGUCUGUUACAGGUGGCUAGCUGAGCCUGAGAGGCCAUUUUUCCGUUACAACUAAAUGUUCUUGCUUCAGAGAAUAAAAGUCUUUUUU